GCGGCGCGGGGCGCGGAAGAAGCGCGGGGCGCGGCGGGGGCAGAUGCCAGCCUGGCCCGCGGGCUCCGCGCCCGCCCGCCCGCCUCGCCCCGGCGGGGGCACGCCGCGCUCCUACCUGGCCAUGACCCCGCGCCGCUCCCCGCUGGGCCACCCCGGCGCUUCCCGCUGAAGGGACCGGCUCCUUGCCGACCUCCGCCGCUCCCUGCCUUCUCCGCCUACUCGCUGCUGAGGCUGCCGCCUCUCCCCGGAGCCCCGCCGGAGUGAUGGGCUGCAUCGGAUCCCGCACCGUGGGAAACGAGGUGAUUGCAGUAGACUGGAAGGGACUGAAAGAUGUGGACCAAAUCAAUAUGGACAGCACGAGUUCACUGCAUGGCAGCAGCUUCCAUCGACCUUCCACUGAGCAAACACGGACGGAUUUCUCCUGGGAUGGUAUCAAUCUCUCCAUGGAAGAUACGACCUCCAUCCUCCCCAAGCUGAAACGCAACUCCAAUGCUUAUGGGAUUGGGGCUUUGGCUAAGUCAUCUUUCUCUGGGAUAUCCCGCAGCAUGAAGGACCACGUGACGAAGCCGACGGCCAUGGGGCAGGGCCGCGUGGCGCACAUGAUCGAGUGGCAGGGCUGGGGCAAGGCCCAGAGCCAGCAGCAGCAGCACACGCAUGAGAGCGCGCGCAAGGACGCCGACGCCUACUCGGACCUCAGCGACGGCGAGAAGGAGGCGCGCUUCCUCGCAGGGGUGAUGGAGCAAUUUGCUAUUUCUGAAGCGACUCUCAUGGCCUGGUCCUCCAUGGAUGGUGAGGAUGUGAGUGUAAACUCAAAUCAGGACAACCCAGCAGGCAACUACUCUGAGAACUAUCAGGAGCUGAUGGAGAGCCAAGAGCACAUGGCCCAGACGCAGUACGAUAGCUGGCCCCAUUCCUACGUCUCGCAGGGCAUGUACUGCUUGGGCUCGUCCGACGCCUGGGAGGCCAGCGACCAGUCCCUCAUCGCCUCCCCAGCCACCGGCUCCUACCUGGGCCAGAAUUUCGAUGAGUCCCAGACAAACCUUCAGGAGAGCAUUUUGCUUCAGAGCAGCUUUCUCCAGCAGCAGCAGCUGCAGCAGCAGCAGCGGCAGGAGCAGAACUUCAUCCAGAGCACGGGGCUGGUCCACGUGUGGCCCCUGCAGACUGCUCAGGGUGGGGGUGGAGCUGAGUCCAGCACGUACAUGGAGGACCACAUUGAGGAUGAAGGGAACCCACGGCUGGAGAAGGCUCCUCUCCUAAAUAAGAAGCCCUCUCCAGAGGAGGAUGAUGCAGUGUGCCGGGACCUGGAAUCUUUGUCUCCUCGAGAGGAGAUGGAACAUGCUGCACUGAGCCGCAAAGUCUCAGAUGUCACCUCCUCUGGGGUGCAGUCCUUCGAUGAGGAAGAGGGAGAAACAAACAACUGAUGCUUUCUGUGAAGUUCUUAUCACUGCUGAACAAAGAGAGGGGUGGCAAGGAAUGCAAUUACAGGGAUUCUUCUCUCCAGUUCCCCAUAUUUCCAAGCAGACACACCUUCCAUUCCUGACAUUUAAUUAUUUUUUUAAACGAGGAAAAUCUCAAAAUGAUUGACACAUAAAAACCUCUUCUUCCCCUCCCCCACGGACAUAUAUUUUGGAUUUUCAUUGCUCUGGGCAACAUGUGGUGUGCUUGGAGAGAUCUGGAUUGGUAAAUAAUUUCUAAAUCUUUUUAAUACAAAGUCUUGGCUGUGGAUACAAACUCUUCUGGUACUGGGGAUGUGGCUGAUGAGACAGGCUUGGUGUAGGGAGCAGCUUUGUGGCUAUAAUUCAUCUUGGCAGAAUGGAUGUUGGUCUCUGGACUUGGGCCCCUUUGAUAGAAUACAUGAGUAUAAACUGGUUUAAAAUGAAGGUGUGGCUUUGCAGAUCUAGAUUGCCCUAGUGUUGCAAUUGUGGCUGAUGCAGAGGAUCAGGCUGUGUUCGAUACAGACCAUACUGAGAUGAAAUGGGCUGUGUGACCAGAUCCUCCUCAGUAGCACCUUGAUACAGAGCUGUAGGUUUGAUGGAUACAAACUGCACUCCAUGGGCCCGGGCUGUGCUGCCAGUGUGGCUCUGUGGGCACAGCUCUGCUGUGGCUUGGGAGAAUGGAUACAGAUACAAAUCUAACCCUGCUCUCAGAUAUUCAUGCUUUGGUCUCUUUCAUUUAUUUGUUUUUCUCUUUGACAUUUCUGCCUUCCCAGGAGCUGGCAAGAGUGGUGUGUCCUCUUGGCAGUAGGCACUGGAAGCCAGUGGAGAGAACAUUUUCAGCUACAGAGACAGUCACUAAAAGCUGACUCUUGCAGGGGGCUUGAGGACAUGUCCAUCUUGGUGCUUGCUGCUGUGUCCUUCUGUCUUUUCCUUGCCAGCAGAAUGGGGAGACCCAGAGGGUAGGCAGCAGGUCCAGGAACAGUGUGUACAGAUAUGAGAUCACUAGAUACCUAGUUUACAUCAGAGUUUUCAGGUUUUGUGCUUUUUUUUAGCCUUUUUUAUAUGCUGGAUAAGUGUUCAUAAUGAAGCAGUUAGUAAUGGGAAAGGCCUGUAUUCCAGUCACGACUUAACAGAAAUACCACACCUUUCCCAUUUCUGCCACUACUGCAGUGCCAAAUAUAGCUGGAGGAAAAGGGGUGAGAGGAAAUUUUCUCCUCCUAUUUGUCUUCUUCCAGCAUAUGUUUUCUUCUCUUGAUUUCCUACCCCCAAGCAGUGUAAAUAAUGCUCAGCACUUGAUCUGUUUGUUUUUCCCUCCCAUCUCUUUUUUAGGUAUGGAGAAAGCUGAUUUCAGGAGUUUUCCCUAUUUGUACAGGUUAUAUAUUUUUUGUUUAAAAAACAUGAUUCUCUGAUUAGGGGGAAUUUGGUCUCUUGCAGUUCCUUGACAUUUUUUUACUGACCUUCUUUUGAGAGGGAGAGGUUUUGAAAGGAAAUUGUUUCCUUUCAGCUCACCAGAAAAAAAACCAGGGACAAAAGCAAAAAUUGUACAAGGUUAUUGAUUUUGCUGGAGGACUGAAGAGAACCAGCUGAGAUUACCUAAGUGCUGAGUUUUAAUUGCAGGACCUCUUGCAAGGAAGCAUCAGCAGAGCAUGGAUGUAGAUCAGAUGCUCAAUCUGAUGAGCUAGUGAAAGGAAUUUGCCUGGACACUGCCAUACUGUUCCAGGAGCAACUCUUUCUCACUUACUCUGACUCAUAUUUGCUCUGUUUAAUUCAUGAUACAUUUGUCUCUUCUUUGCCUCCUCUUCAGGCUUGGUGUGUUUUUUGAUGACAGGAGAGUGAUACAUGCUUCUUCCCUACUUGAGGUUUAGUUUCUGGAAAUUUUCAGGGAAGAAUGUAAGGUGAAUAAAAUGUGACUGAAGGAAUAUCACCGAGUCUCAGAGUUCAGACAGCUCCUGGCAAGCAAGACAAAUGAUGUCCAGGAAUUGUGAAAAGUAGGAAUGGGGCUCUCAGGAAGAACUUUACCCCACUCAGCUUUUUCCCACUGACACAGGCAGCUGCAGAAAGAGGGACUCCUUUUCCAAGACCCAGGUCUUUCCAGCCAAGUCUGCUUCAAGUAGAUCUGUCUUCCCUCUCCACUGCACCUCUAAAUGAAAGACCUCUGGGAUAUUUAAGUAAGACUGGUAAUUUGGAAUAGGCAAAAGAGAAAAGUUUUAGUGACCCAUCUUUUUUUAUGUGUAUGUGUUUGCUUGGUCUUGCUUCUGUCUUUCUAAGGAGGUCACUCUUCUCCUGAAUGAUGACCUUUCAAUAUCUCUUCAAAGAUGUUUACACAUUCAGGUACUAACCUCCCCUGGACAGCAAGGCUUGAUAAAAAUCUGUAUCUCCUAUAGUUCUUGCAGGGCCAGUGGUAGUUCAUUGUCCUGAACUGGCUUGGGCCAGUUGUGGAGCAGGGCCUGGGAAACCACACUAGCCAGAAAAGGGAGAUGGGGCAAGUGCCAAUAGCACCUCAGCAGAUGAGUAAAUAAGUUUCAAGCUAUUUUUAUUUCUAUUUUAAGAGGUCUUAAGGGAAACAAAAAUGGUUGAGUGCAUAUCUUUGUGGGGUAUUUGGGUGGCUUGUUUCUUUCUCCAAACCAUUUUGUUCCCGUGUGCCUCUCUAGGACCAAUCUGGAUGUUUAUGGUAACUUUCAGAGUAGCUUCUAAUGAUCCCUCUCUGUUGUUUACAGGACUGGGACAAGUGGAUCAACUUGCCCAGGGCUUCUUUAAUAUGGAUAUGUGGUACAUGUACUAAGAUGUCUGACUGAUGUCUAAAAGGAAUCUCCAUGAAAGAUAGUGACAGGGAGUUAUCUACAUAGGGAAAAGUAUGAAAAAAAUUACCUUACAGAAAAUUCUGUGGAGUCUAAUAGAAAGAGAAAAUCUGAAGAUUCUUCUAGCCUCUGAAUUAUAUUCUGCUGUAUAGUUCCAUAACCUGCUAAAAACCUGUAGAUAGCCUCAUUCUUUGUGGAUACAGACUGGUUUGAACACCACUCUCUGUAAAACCUUUCCAGCUUACUAAAUUCUGUUUUGGUUUUUUUUUUUUUUCAUAAAUGUGUUAACAUUCUGUGAAUAAUAAAAUUUCAGCCUUUUCCUAAAAGAAAGAAAAAGGCUAUUUUUCAUACCUCUCCACAAUCCAAUAGAGCUAAUUGCUAGGGGUUUGACUAGAGAGCAGGUCUUCCUGUCCACACUUGCCACCUGACUGAGCAGCCUGAGCUGAACUGGAAAGGCAGUUUGAAUGUCUUUGAAAGUGGAAAAUUGUUUGUAUAAUCUGGCCUUUUCUUAUGUAACAGGCCUGCUGCCUGUGUAUCCAAUAUCAGAGAGAGAGACCUGGAACCUACUGUACGUUUCCCAGAAAAGCUGUUAUUAUAUAGAUACACCUAUUCAAGCAUAUGGGAGGCACAGGUGCUCUGUGAGUGGAAUUUGGCCCGCAGUCUCCCUUUAUCCUGGUGAAGAGGGAUGAGUUGGAGAGAGUCCAGCCAAAUAGUCAGAGCCCAAUUUGUGUUUGUGAGGCUGUAAAUAAGAAGGAAAGGUAAUCUCAGUAUCCCUGAUCUGCAGUUACUGAGAAAUUGAGCUCUGCUUCCACAAACCCAUUAUGAAGCAAAGCUACGCUACAGAAAAUUUGGGAUAUUCUUGAAGUAGUGAAGGUGGAAGAUUCCCAUCUUUCCGCCAAGCCUGUCUACAGUAGGAACUUGUUGAAAUUACUGUGCUAAACAUGAAAGAAGGCUUAAACAGAAGUAACCCUAAUUUUAAAUCUUCUGCUGAAAGAAAAUUCUGAUUUGUUUCUUCUCCCAUGAUUGCUCAUACCUGAUUAGUUAUACUAUUUCAUAGGUUUUUCUUUUAUAUAAAUCUGAAGCUUUCUUUACAAGCCUUCUGUGUUCUGUUCAAUUCCAUUACCUCAGGCUCUGGGUCAGAGAAGUUAAUCUGCUUCUUUCAGUUUUAUGUGCCUCUAAAUUAUCAUUUUCUUUUGGGAAGCUGCUGACAAGCCAUCCGCUUGCUUUCCCCCUUAAAAAAUGGCAACAUCACAUUUCAGGACAGGCCUGCUGCAGAGAACAGAGUUUAGCCACACUUCUAAACUCAUCCAGUGGUGAGCUGCUUUGAAGGAGGAGGAACUCUGCUCACCUCCCCCAACCUGUGGGCAGCUGCUGAUGCACAGCUGGCCCACACCAAGCCAGGGGCUUUCACCCUGCUAUAAAAGUGAAGAUGGAAGAGCUGUGAGCAGAGGGAGAGUGCUGUUCUCAGCAGCUGGCCUUCCUUUAUAUCAGGUUAGAAAAACUGGGAAAGUGCACUUAGAAAUGGCAUCUUUGUGAUGAGUCUAAGCUGCUCAAAGGAGCUGUCCUGCCUCCUCUCUUCCAUCACCACCAGCUCUGUACUUCUACUGCCUAAAAAACACCAGCACUAACACUCAUUUGGCUGCUCAGGAACUGGCCCCAUUGAAAACUAACCCAGUCCUCUACCUAAAUAAAGGUUUCAGUGGGAUGAACUCUUCAUAUUGCUUCUCUUGGUGAGACAGGCAUCACUGAGGGCUGGUGAAACAUGUAGAUGGUCACGUGGAAGACUAGUUGCAGAUGAAACUUAAAUUGGCUUAAGCUGAUUAUUCCCCAUUGUCUGCCUUAGUGUUUUCCUUGGAAUUUUUAGUAUGCUCUUAUUCGAUUUGGUCUUUGUUAUUUAUGCCCUGUUGUUUGCCUCACUGUUCCCUUCCACAGGCCCCUUUGAGUUAAACCCUGGAAACUGGGCAGGAGGACAUGAGUAACUUGAUAUAUGCAUGAAAUGAAUAAAAUUACCACGCACAAAUCGUGUGUGCACUCAGUGAUUACACUCUACGGCAGCUAAAGAUACUGAUAAGUCUUGUCCUGUAAUUGCAAGAGGGGAGACUUGUUUAAGAGUGAAGCACAGCUGUUGGAAGGGAUAUUUUCCCCUAUUUUCAGGCCAGUUCCAGUCUAGUGUGAGAUGCAGAAGAGUACUUCACUCCUAGGCAGAACCUGCUGUACUGUGUACAGCAGCAAUGAAAAAUGUUAGUUUUAGCCUGAGAGAAGAGAACAGGAGAAGGAAAGUCAUCUCUUUGUGUGACAGGCUUCUGCACCACUGUGUGUGGCAGAGGGGAAAAGACGUGGAGAGAAAGGCUUGGAAAAAGGUCAAGAAAAGCUUGAUGUCCUUUGUUUACACAACACAGGUAAGAAGCUUCAUGGCAGACUCCUGGUACAGAAUUGCUAUACAAGCUGUAGGUCCAGGAUCAUUCCAGCUUAUGGUACUCCUUAGUCCAAGCCAUGCCCUUUUUUUUUUUUUUUUUUUUUUUUUUUUUUUAAGGCAGUGAUAGGAAAGUGACCUCCCUGAAUCUGGGUACCUGCUAGCUUUCAUUGUCUUAAAAACAGUUCACAGUGUGCUUAGUUCUUCAGGGAAAUCGUAUGAGAAAUACACCAAAUAAGAACUUAUUCCUUGCCCAAAUGAAGUUAGUGUGAGUUCUGAUCUCACUGGAAACCCAAAAUACCUAAAUUCAGCUUAGUUUGCCUUAACUGUUGUAUUGGAAUUGCCUAGAAGGAGAAGCAAACUCAGAUAACCUGCCUCUAAAUGCUAUAAAAAGCAGAGCAACAUUGGCAAAGUCUAAGCUCUUCCUUCUAAUUUCUCCCAGGUGGAUUUAGCAUUGUUCCUUGUUAAGACAACUCUGGCAUAUCUUUUUAACUAACUGUUUGACCUUUUCUGAAAGAAAAGUAGAAAAGAAAGGAAAGAAAAAAAAUUAAUUCAUAUACAGAGAUUAUCAGCAACUUACAACUGGAAAAAUGUAGAUAACGAAUACUUUCAUCUUUGAUUUUCCUCCCCUGUAGCAAUCUGACAGGGAAAGAUUUCUAUGCCAUGGCUCAGGGAAAGGAAAAAUAAACAGGGAAAAUGUGAGUAAAAUGGUGCCUAUUAGAACUAAAUGUAUGUGUAGGACAGCCUACAGUCAUUAAAGCACAGUUUCAAAUAUGAUUGCAAGCUGUAAAGUCAAUGUCAGGUGCCUCUUUUGUACCAUGGGCUUUUCCCAGGCUAAGUAGUAGUGAACCUGUGCAGAAGCAGAAGAGCUGCACUGCUGUGCCAGAUCAGUGUCUCUCUCUGUCUCAGACUAUGCUCUCCCAGCAGCUCCAUGGAUUGACUGGGGUAAGGCAUGAGGUUGUUAUGUUAACAAAUGGACAUGGAGGAUCUGCACUUGGAACAUCAGGGUCUAUAUACAUCCUUGCACUGACAUUUUUCCCCAGCAUAGGCAGAUCGAAGUGUUAUUUUUUCCUUGUAAAUGAAGAGAAGCUCUAUGAUUGUCAGUGUUGGUCUGCACAAAAUAAAAGAAAUAUGUGAUAUUUUCCGGUGCAGAUACACAUUGUUGGAAGAGGAAAAAUUUAGUCAGGCUGUGAUUCUGAGAAAGAGCAUGUUUACUAAAACUGUAAAGACUUCUUUAAGAAUGUUCUCAGUGCAGAUACCACAGAAUCACAGAAUGAUUAGAAGGGACCUUGAAGAUCAUCAAGCCCAACCCCUCUGACAUGGGCAGGACUUACCUACUGAUGUGUAGUAGCUGCCAUUUUCUGGGAAGAGAGGGGUUGCAGUGUUCUGUGGAAAGAAUGCUCCUAUUAGGUUCUUCCUCAUCUCCUUCAGCUGGGGACAUUUUAAAUGCCCUCUGAAAUCUAGUAUAGUUUUUGCUUUCCUGUAAGGGAUCAAAUGUCCAUGCUUGCAAAAACAUCUAAAAUGGCUUUUCUCCAUUAUGGAAACAAGAUUGUGCAUCAAGAUUUGCUUCUAAUAAGAUAUAGGCAUGUAGUCCAGAUUCAUUGGCCUUCUGGAUUCAUUUUCGUUAGGCAUGGAAAUCCAGUCAUGAUUGGAUUGGAGGCCACAAGGUUAAGAACCCUCUUCCAGAGCUCUGCCAUGUUCCCAUGAGGCAAGUGUAGGUGGAUUUUCCUUCUUUUUAGAUACUGCAUGCUUGAGCAACUUAGCAAGCAAAAAGCUCUUUUGCAGGUAUAUAUUCUUGUUUGGCUUUAAUUUUUCUCCUCUGAUUUGUGGAUGUUGUGCAUGACUGGAGGUCUCUGGGAAUCCCUACACUAUAAAAUUGGAACUCAAAAGUAAUUUUACAGGGAACAAGAUUUCUCCUGUUUCAGCUCUUUUCAGACGUGAGUGGGUACAGCAGAGGAUUUGGGAGGUACGAGGGUGGUGGAUGGGAGUCUCAGGGGUGGCAUGCAGAAUGGAUUCCUGAAGCAUGUGUAAAAAUAACUAAAGGUUUACAACUAAAUGUUGUAUUCUCAGUAUCUGAAACUACUUUGGCAUAAGCGUAUGGGACAAUGGAGGUUGCUGCAAAGCAAUUUUCAAGGGCUUCCCCCAAGCCUGUGCGUGUUUUCUGGAGCAGGGAGGCUGCGUGGUGACUAUAUGUAUCCUUUCAAGCUAGUGUUUACAGAGGUGCAUUGAUGUUUGGGGAGAAAGUACUGAAUGGAACUAAAACAAAAAGGGACCCACUACUGAAAGCUUUCCUCCUUACGUUGUCCCACAAUGGCCCUUAAUAACUAAAAAGAGUCUGAUUCGCCUUUGGUCUUCCAGCUCCAAAACAUGUUUGCCUGAAAAAUUUUGUUGGAUAUACUUCGCAUGUUUUGAUAAUGUGACUUACGAGAUAAACACUUCUACAAAGCUAUAUAUAAAUACAUCCAUGUGCAACCACCUGCAUACAUGUGCACACAUUACAUAUAGACUUAGAGAACUAUAUGGCACUGCACACCUCCAUGCCUGUACGUGGCAGCAACCACAGUAGAGGAGGGGAGGUAGCUCAAAAAUAGCAUGUACAGUCCUUUAUGGAGUUGUUAUUAAACAGAAUGUGGUCUUGCC